AUGAAUAAAUAUUUGCAAGAGUGCCACAAAGUAUACCGAAACUUGUUACAGAAUCCAUGUUAUUAUAAUAAAGUUAAAGUUAUAUUAGGAAAUGAAUCGUGCGAUUUGGAUUCUGCUAUAUCGGCGUUGGUUUAUGCUUACAUAACAUUUCACGAAAAUAAACAGAAAGGAGUUCGUAAUUGCGAAGUUUUACCCAUCCUUAAUGUUUCUCACGAAGAUUUACUUCUCAAGACAGAAGUUAUUUUUUAUUUAAGACUCCACGCCAUUUCAUUAGAUAAUGUAUUGACAAAAGUAAACAAGGAAAAUUUUAAUUUAAUAAAGUUACAAAAAGCUGGAGUUCUUGAUCUUACAUUGGUCGAUCAUCAAACUUUAAGUCCUGCCGAUCAAGAACUUUCCUCGUCUGUUGUCGAGAUAAUCGAUCAUAGACCUGUUGUUCCUGAUUUGAAUACGAGUAACAUUGAUGUAACUAUUGAACCUGUUGGUUCCUGUUGCACCCUUAUUGCUAAAAAAAUUCUUCAAAGAAGCCCUCACCUGUUAACAUUUCAAAUUUGUCACCUUUUAUAUGGACCGAUUUUAUUAGACACAUUCAAUUUUUCUCCAGAAGCUGGUAAAACAACAGAUUCUGACAGACAAGUGAUAUCAUCAUUGGAAAGAAAAAUAUCUGUAGAUAGAAAUAGAUUAUUUCAAGAUUUAAUAUAUGCUAAAACUCAAGUUGUAGGACUCUCAGAAUCGCAAAUACUUAGAAAGGAUAUGAAAAUAAUCGAAGGGAUACCAGUAUGUGGAUUACCAAUGCUUGUUGAAGAUUUUUUGAAAAGGCCCUAUGUUGAAGAAAUAUUACUUAACUUUUUGAAAACUAGAAAUCACUCAUCGGUGAUGAUGAUGAUGGGAGUUAAAAUAAAUGGAGAUACAGUCGAUAAAGAUUUGGCCGUUUUUUCUACCCAACACAUAUUUUCUGAUAAAAUCGUUGAGGCGUUAUUAAAUUUUGACAAUCCCUCAUUAGGAUUGAAAGAAAUAACAGACCACAAAAUAAAAUAUUUGAGACUUUUUAGUCAAUCCAAUAUCAGAAUGUCUAGAAAGCAAAUUUCUCCGAUUAUUCAAAAAGUUGAAACUGGCAUCAAAGAAAGCGUAUAA